UGACCAAAGACCGGUCUAUCAAACAAAAAAUACUCGUUUUCAUCGGUCAAACUUUUCUCUUCCCCUUCAUUCAAAAUGGCUCUCUCCCUCCCUUAAAUGUAACCAUUCCGCCUCUCUCCUUCUUCGGGUUUUAGCCUCCUCCGUCUUUCUUUCAGUUCUCCUCAGAAGUCAGACCUCAGCUGCUGUUCUUUUCCGUUCUCUGUCCGCUGCAACUAAAAAUCCAAAAAGAGAUAGGAAGACAAAUAUCAAGUGUACCCUUUUCAAAUUUUGGCUCUUCUAAUUAGUCUUUCACUCCCAUUUCCGUUCUCUUUAAUUUUCUCUGAAUUUAGUUUCUUAGGCUACUGAAUCUAGCUUCAGCCUUCAGGCUUCAACGCAACAAACCAUCGACGACUUUAGCAGACCUGUUGAAGAUAGGUUAUCUCUCGAAUAGCGAAAACUUUAGGAAGGAAAAGCUAGAAAGUUUCUCCCGUUCUGCUAAAUCUCGAGUAGCUACUUUCAUGUUCCUGAGUUCUCGUUUCCUUGACUUUCCGAUUUGUUCUUCCUAUUCUGAGAUUGUUGGUGGUGCCCCCAAUUUGACAGUUUCUGCUUCUUUGACUUCUCUUCUCAGUCUGAAAUGUCUUGACUACUCUUGUUCCUAAAAUGAACUAAAAUUUUCCCAUAAAUUGAGCAUCUUAAUUUACCAGCUUAUUUGCACCGACUCACCGGUGAUACUCCCCGUCACAAAUUAGUUGUGGUGGAAUAUUCUAGUUCACGGUAUUACCGAUGGAGAACGCCGGGGAAUGGGACAAAAAUGCUUUGCUCAACGAGCUAAUCAAAGGGAGGGAGAUUGCGCUGAAGCUGCAGGUCCUAGACCCAUCUUCGCCCGCAGAGAUGCGCGAAAUGUUGGUACAAAAGGCACUAAUUACCUUUGACAGGGCUUUGUCGAUACUGAAACGGAAUGGGCUGGAAACAGAAACUCAAUCAACGCAAAUUGUCGCCGGUGGCAUGGUAGACUCCCCGCGCUCGGAUAGUGCAAGCCCGAGAAGUGAUGAUUCAGAUCGGCCUUUCAAGGAUCAGGACCGCAGAGACAUCUCAAAGAAGAGAAAAACAUUGCCCCGAUGGACAGAACAAGUUCGCGUUGGGCCAGGGAUAGGACUCGAAGGGCCUCUGGAUGAUGGCUAUAGCUGGAGGAAGUAUGGCCAGAAAGACAUCCUUGGAGCUAAAUAUCCAAGAGGCUAUUACAGAUGCACCCAUCGCAACCUUCAAGGCUGUUUGGCCACUAAGCAAGUGCAAAGAUCAGACGAAGACCCGUCUGUCUUCGACAUCACAUAUCGAGGGAAACACACCUGUAUACAGGCAUCCCAUCUAGUUCCAGCCUCGACAUCUACUGAAAAACCAGAGAGAAAACGGAACCAAGAUCAUCUUCAACCAGAACAACUGCCAAGCCAACAAAAUCAAUCCCAAGAGAUUCUCUUGAACUUUAGGACCGGACUCAAGGUCCAAACCAACGAUUUAGACUCUAGGGAGAUGAUAUCUUCUUCUUUCUCCUUCCCUUCUACAUCCUUUGGAUGCAUAAAAACUGAAAACCAUAUCUUCUCGCCUUCCACACUUGAUAACAAUUUUAUGGGUAGUUAUUCUCCUUCCUUCAUUUCCCCAGCAACAUCCGAAUCCAACUGCUUCUCUAUGUUGCCCUGUCGAAUGAACAGCUUACAGGGGGGUCAUAAUUUGCAGACUUCAGAAUCUGAUCUCACAGAAAUAAUCUCAGCUGCUACUUCAGCAACGAAUUCUCCUAUUAUGGAUUUGGAUUUCUCACUUGAUACUGUGGAUUUUGACACUAAUUUCCCAUUUGACACUCCUGGCUUUUUGUUGUGAAGAAAAACCAGAAAAAAAAAAUCUGGUUUAACAUUAGUGCUGUUGAUCCUAUAUAGAAUGUCCAGGAGGGAUACCCAUCUGUCAGAGCUGGUGCCUGAAAGCCUUCUCCUAUGCUGGACAAGAGAUAUUAUUUUUGUGUUUUUUUUUCUUUUCUUUUUUUUUUUUUUGGGGGGGGGGGGGAUUGAGGUAGAUGAAGAUUAGAGCUGUGUAACAAGUCUUUCCUUUUCUUUUUUCUCUUUUCCUUAAGGCCUAGUCUCAAUUGUAAUAUUUCUAUUCCUACCCUUCUGAGCUUGUACAAGUAGAUUGAUUGUAUUUUGUAACCUAUAUAAAAUCAGCUGAUAUUAUAAAUU